AUUUCGGCAAAAGCCAACGAGUGCGACUACUGGGCGGCCCAACGCGAAGGGCUGCCCAAUGGUGUGGGUGCGCAAGACAAAGCGAAGAAGCGUCGUUGUUUGGCCCGUGUGGAUGUCGCGCGGGCUGAUGCCACCGCACCGAUGCCAUGCAGUGUAGUGCCGCUGCCGAGCCGCCGGAUGAGGAGAGACUACUUCGCACGCACGGUCUUUUAGGACUCAGAGAUUUCUGUGCCAAGAAGGGUACGGUCAGCCUGCGACAGCUCGACAAGCUCGCGCUGGCCGGCUUGGCCCGGGAGUACGUCGAUUCGUCCCGUUCCAGGCAGGGCCCGUUGCACAGCGCACGCUCGCUGCGACGCUUCCAGGUUGGCCUCAACAAUUACCUGCGAUCUGUGUACGGCGCCGAUUUCGAUCUCAGCCGCGACCCAGCGUUCGCGCCACUGGCGGUUCCCUCUGCGUCGGGGGCAGCGAACGCGGGAAGAAUGGGCCAGUCGGCGGAUACCGUGGUCAUCACGCCCGAAGACUUGACAAAGAUAGGACAGUAUUUCUGGCGUGUGAUUAACACCCCGCGCGGUUUGCAGCAGAAGGUGUGGUUCGAUCUCAUGAUCCACCUUGGUUCGGAUGGCAUAGAGAACCAGCACGCUAUGCGCAAAGACUCUUUCAUGCUUCUGAAGUCGCCGGCCGACGGACGGAGACGGCUGCAGUGGAAGAUACCGGGCGGAGCUUCCAUUCCGGACGACCCGGAGAACCCGCUGUGCCCAGUGCGGACGUUCCAGCUUUACCUGAGCAAGUUGAACGUAGCCUGUCCCGCGCUUUUCCAGCGGCCGCACGACGGCAUCACCAAGACGUCGCGCUUCUGGUUCCACAUGUUCCCACUGAACAACACCAUGCUGGCUCUCAUGAUGUACGACAUCUCCAAGGACGCCGGCCUUAGUCGCGUCUACCCAAACUUCGGCACACAGGUGCUACCAGAGAAGGGGCGCUUCUACGAACUGGCGCGGUGCAGCCGCCCGUCCCUGGAGAGCGCCCGCAAGGAGCCCGGCUGUGCAUACAAGCUAUGUGCCCAGUGCCUCACGCCCGUGCAGGUAGCGAGUGCUGGAUCGAAGGGAAUCCUUUGUUCAGUGCCGUGCUUGGAGGCCUUCAUGCGUGCGAAAGAGGCACGGCAGAAUGUGCGCGUCUCCUUCCGGGACGGCACUCGUGUGCCUGCCUACACCCUUCCUACUGGCCAACCACUCCAGUCACAGCCGCAGCCACAGCCCCGAGACGAGCUGGGCCGAAACCUUCCGGAAGAUGUCUACAGCUUCAUACAAGAAGUUGCACGCAUUCAGGCCCUCGGACAUACUGUACGAACAGAUGGGCUGCCCAUGGUAUUCAAGCAGGACGGCUCCAAUGCACAAGCUCGGUCGCUGCCCAUAGAGCUGCUAAGGAUUGCCAUGGACGUGGGAAAGCCUACCAAAUCUGGUAAUGCGCAGCAGCAGCAACCACAGCAGCAAACACAACGAGUGGAAAUCAAGCGCGUGCCGACGACUACAGGAGAGCGGGUUACUGCAAGACCUGUGAUGCUGAGUGGCGGCCGCAAAGUGUUGCUGGUCCAGCGCAGGGAUCCUCCACCGCCUGCACCACAGCGGGGCUCAGCUGCUUGGCGUUGAAGGCCAUUUGCUUGAAGGCCGUUUGCCGUUGAAGGUACCAGCAUAAAAUGCAUCGAUGCGGGAGUGUGCAGCCUGCUGCUCAUUAGGCACAAUGCUAGUCUUUCAGCUCGUGAUGAAGGGAUUCGAGAUUACAAAGGCAGUUGUUUUCAUGUCAUGUAUUUAGGAUUUUUUUUGCUGUUGUUUUACAUACGAAAAUAGUGAUACAGCUUCAACGAGCUCAUUUUUCACAUUGUUGUACAGUAUCAUGCAAUGUUGGUUUUUAUCGGAUGUGUAACAGUUUUCCGAUUUAUAUGAGAUGUGAAAGUUCUACAAGUGAUAAAGGGAAAGAAGACAACCACUUGUUUGUAGCACGAAGCCUCAAGGAAAUCUGUACGGAUUUCGCAGAAAGAAAAGCCUCUUUGUUGCCAAAAAAAUGUGUCCUGGUCCUGGGUAUGAAAACGGGGCCAACGCCUUACCGGGGCAGUUGCUCUACCAAUUGCCAAUCAAGCUAACCAGAAGCUAGCAAUUGACAGCGCGUGGGUGAAUUCACCGACAAAUCGAAGCACAUGGACACAAGUAUCGCAAAUGAGUUCUGCAGAAUUCACAGGUGGUGGAAGCGUUAUGAAAGAGAAAGAACACAACCGCCCAUUGUAGCACGAAGCCACAAAAAGCUUAGAAAACAUAGGUAGAUAACCUUUAUCAACCACUUUAUAUUACUAAACUCAAAGACCAAGAAAGCACUUUGUUGCGGUAAAGCCUGCAGGCUGCACACUCCCAUCCUCAGAUUUCUUUUGGUGCUGACGGUACUUUCUCAGCAAUGAUUUCUAGCAAGCCAACGAAGCAAGCUUUCCAAAGGACAUUCCAAGCGUCACCUCGUGUAAUAGCAAACAGGCCAGCGUUUCUCAAGAACAGUUCUUAAGUGGCCACACCGUUGCCCAGUACAUGGCGCACCUGUAUCCGCCGAAAAUCAAAAUGAGCGUCAGUAACUGGUUAAUGGCCAUCAGUAACCAGUUGUCGAUCCUGCUUUGUUUAUCUGAGAAUCUCCCAAGUCUCGCCAAUCUGUGAAAAGAUUUUCCGGCAGCUAUAGGUCGACUUCUCGAGGUGUGAAGUGGCUAUGCAAGAGACGAGAUUGGAACAAAUUUGUGUUGGUAUUGUGGCUUGUCUCUGGUAACUUCGUUCUUUUAAGUGUAACGAAAUACUAUUCUUCGGCGCACAGGCUCAGCUAGGGGAACAUGACUGGCCUUUCUCGACUCGUAACGCGCUAGGUACUGUCGUACAUCAUACAGCGUGUUGACGGAGUUCGGUUCUGCAAGGCAAUGGCCGCUGCUUGAGCCACUAGGCAGCUACAUUCUGAGGAGAAACAAAAUUCAUUGUCAUUACAUUCAUUUGUGGUCAUUUAGGCAGUGCUUGCAGAACCUAGUUUCAUACUAGCAUGGAUCUCAAAACCUUUUCUUCUGCAAAGCCAUUGUAAAUAAGCAUCUUGUGCCACGCUUGCUAAUUGUAGCAGCUGUGUUGUUGCACCAGAAAAAAAAAAAAAACUCAUCUCCUUUACUCACAGUGCCAUGGUCACACAUUCAUGGAGUGGAAAAUAAAAAAAUGCCACACGUCA